AUGUCUAUAAGUAGAAGUGGGUUUUUGUGGCAAAUUCCUAACAAGCAAGGUAAUCCUCCCACAGCUGAUUGGAUUGCAGCCAAUUUGGAAAUUUUCGGAAGACCGAAUAAGCUAGUUCUGGUAGCAGAUCCAGCUGAUCCUAUUUAUGAAUCUGUUGAUGAAGAUGAUCGCAAGAUCCGAUUUCGAGUCAAUUCUUAUAAAAGAUGCUUGAAAAUAACCGGGAGAAAAACCGAAUCUCCUAAUAAUGAGUCGGACCGAGUCAAAUCUGAACCAAUUUAUCAAAUUGCAUUGCAAAAGCGAAGGCCUCUUAAAGGCGAAGAAGUGAAGAUCGGGUUUAACGAAAAGGCUUCUCAACGUCUUUUUCUCAUACAUAUAAGAGAGGCUUUGAAGGGAAAUAAGAAGUCGUGUUCUAGUCGUUUGCACUGUAACAAGCGGGCGCGAAAUAGUGGGAAUAAGACCCUACAGUCAUGUGAUAUCAACGAAAUCGACAAGUUUAUGACCGAAAACAAAGUCUAUGAAAAGCAUGACUGGAGUGCAAUGAAAGUGCAAGUUGUGUCCACCGAACUCGCCACCCGUCUGCAGCUCAGAGGUAUCUUCCUGCUUGAACUAAAGGAGUACGAUAUAUGUCUUUUGGACUACAUCACGAUGUCGGAAGUCAACAGAUGGCCUUUCAAAUCCAUAAGAAGGCAAAUUACCUGUCAUACCGUCAGUCGCUUUCAACCGGAGUCACACACUACUGUUUGCCUACAAAUCCGUUUCAGUUUUGGCUUCCAUGAUGAGCGCCUUUAUAUCCUGACCGGUAGCCAGUGCACUGGUGGGCGUGGGUUGCUGAUCUUUGAGAGCGAAAAGUGUGCGGAUCUGAUGAAUCGGAUGAUUUGCAUGAUGAAGACCAUUGCAGGUGAGAGUGAGACACCCACAGAGGAGACGGUUUCACUCCUCCCUUCUUCACAACACUCGAAACCAUUGCAGCCGCCCCUACAUGCAGAAACAACAAAGGCAUCGCAGUCCAGAGGUGCCUUUUACAAUCCCCUGCCCAUGCCCACAAAAAAGUCAAUGCAAGAUCUCAGUGUCAGUCUCCAGGACUUUUGUCGGACGCAUUGCUGUAGCCUCCCUCCUCUUCGGAGAAGAAACGAGGCGCAUAGUGUUGAAUUGGUGGCGGACAUUGAGCCCGAGGUCGAAGAGUCUCAGACCAAGAAUCUGGAUGCAGCAGAUGUCAACUCCGACGAUGAUCUCAGUCUUGAUGCUAUGGAUGAUGCGAACGUCGAUUUGGAGUCAUUCAAAGAAGAUUUGGAACAGAAACUUCCUCUCACUCGAGAAACCACUGAUAAUGUUAGCAAACCGAUAAAUGGAAAUGAUGCCACAUCGGUGACUAAUGUGGGUGUACCAAAAGAUGUACGAAAGCGUACUCUCGGAACGUUAAGUUUAAAGAAAAGUCUUUCGGAGUUGAUCUCACAUAGCAUGGCUCGAAUUGAGUCAAUGAAGUUGUCGCCACCACCACCACCCUCGAAUCCAUCGAAAUCGGCAACCAUUCCUGACUCACCACAGAAUGCGGAUCAUCCUUCUCCUCCUCCUCCUGUUCCCCUCUUAAGUGACUGCAAAUCACAAGGCUUGGGCGGAACUCACAAGGCAGAGGCUAGCAGUGAUGAGCACUCCCUUCUGAGGGAGCAAGGACACUCGAGACGAACAGAUUCCGCAAAGGCCGUGCAAUUGAUAAAGUGGCGAGAUCUAUCUGGGAAGGAAGAUUACUACAGCUCAAUUUCGAAUCAAUUUCUGUCGAGAACUCCAGAGCACAGCGGAGAAUCAGAUUACCGUGGGAGUGACGAUGUGAAUUUCGUGGCGGAUCAGUGCCUCGCAGAUUAUCCGCCCACGGAGUCACCCUCAAUACAGGAGGACACAUCCCUCCCUUCUUCCACUAGCACCACCAGAGAUCGCCAAAUACGACUUCUCGCGUCUUUAGAGCCGAACUUCUCAGAAAGCGAAAUUCACGCUCAACCGAUCACUAGCAUCCACCCGCACAUCCCUCUAUAUAAACUAUUGCAUCAAUGCAAAUGGCGUAUUUUUCGUGGAGAAAGUCAUAUUUGUAGACUCAAAAUGGCACUUACAACAAGUGGAAAAUUUCUUAAGUACGUGUUGGUGGGAUUCAAUGUUGUGGUUUUGGCGGCUGGACUUUUUUGCCUUGGUUUCGGUACUUACAUUUUUGUGAGACUGGGCGGGGAAGGGCAGAUCAGCGAAGUGCACGCAGUGCCUAUCUUUCUCAUCAUUGUCGGAAUCAUUAUCUUUCUGGUUGGUCUCAUGGGAUGCUGUGGAGCUCUAGUUCAAGACGCCCUCAUGCUGAAAGCGUACACGUCCUCCCUCGUGGUAAUGAUUAUUUUGGAGAUUAUUGCGGCUAUUCUGGUCCUGAUUUUUCAAAGUAAGAUCAAAGAAACCGUUGAGAGAUAUUUCGAUGACGCCAUUACGGCCUACGAGAAUACUGAAUCUGAAAGCUUAAAGAACACCCUUUUUACAAUCCAAAAAACGUUUGGAUGUUGCGGUGGUAAAGAUCCAUCAGAUUGGGGCAUGAAUGAUACCCUCAGUUUUUGCUGCAAAGGCAAGGCACCGUGUCCGGAUACAAAAAGCCAGUUUACCCGAGGUUGCGGGGAGGCGGUUGAGGUGGCUCUAAGCAGCAAGGGCUUGGUCGCAGGUAUUGCUCAGCUAAUACUCUGCAUCAUUCAGAUUCUCGCAGCCCUUUGUGGUUGGCUAUUGUCGAAAAAAGUGAAAUAA